CCAUGGCUGAGGCCAUUGUAUUUUUUAUAAUUGCAUUCUCAUUGUGGUUUUCAUUAUUUCUUAAUUUUUUCUUAUUCUAUUCCGUCUAUUGCCGUUUGAAAACGCUUAGAAUAAAUGUUAACUCCAAUUAUUCGAACAUCGUCUCAUUCCAAUACAUCUAUAAAUUUCUCAUUGAUUCCACGGAAAGAUGUCAGGAAAUAUUCAACUACUUGCUCAUCAUGAUAUUAAUUGUUCAAAUGCCAGAAAUGAUGCAACUUUUAUAUAACAUAGUAAAAGAACUUAAAUUUACAUUGUAUAUGAUAGUAAUAUUCCUUCCUGCCUUGUUCGCUACGAUGCUUACAAAUGAAGCUCAUAAGCUGAAAAUAGUUCUACACGACAUGCUCCUCGAUGAGAGAGGAUCGGUACACACUCAUGAUAUAAAAAGAUUCAUUGACUACGUCGACGCAAGACCGUUCAGAUUGCGUAUUUGUCGCCUCUUCAACGUUGACAUCACACUGCCGCUUACUUUAGUUAGUGUGUGCACCACUUAUAUUAUCGUACUUAUACAAUUAAAACAAUUAUAUUAACAGG